AUGAGUCGGACCAUUUGGAUCGUUCGUCACGGACAACGCAUCGACAAUGUCGACAAGAAGUGGAAGGCUAACAAUCCGACGAAGCGCGACGAUCCGGAGCUAACGUGGGAGCCCAAAAAUCCUUCAAAUGUUUCUUUUUCUUUCAGAAUCCGUGGAAAGCAGCAGGCUCACGAGGUCGGGAAGUAUUUUGCGAACAUGAACAUCGAGGCGAUCAUCAGUUCGCCGUUCACCCGCUGCAUCGAAACGUCCGCCGAGAUUGUGGCGAUGAUGCAAGAGAAACCGAAGAUUUGCGUCGAGCCCGGACUCAUAGAGCCGCUCGACCGGUGCAUGGACCCGCCUGGCGCGCCAACAAUCGAGAAGCUCAAAGAGCUGACGACGCAGAUCGACGAGACGUACAAACCCGUGUUUGAGAAGGUGCCCGCCGAGCCCAAGGGAGAUUUGGGAUGUGCCGAGCGGGUCGUGAAGACGUUCAAAGAAGUGGCCGGAAAGUUCAAGGGCAACAUUAUCAUCGUGUCGCACGGCAGCCCCAUCGCCAACAUCCACGCGUUCCUCAAGGGACACUGGAAGUACGUCGGACAAUGCACCAUUUGUGAGUUGCAUAAUAUCAAUGAUCAUCUUCAAUCGUUUCAAGUUUUCAGCCAAAGUGACGGAUCUCUAUGGAACCGGUUUCCGUCUCGACUACUACAGCGACAAGAAGCACCUCUCGCAGCCGUACGAUUUGCACGAGGACGAGGUGAUCGUGCCGCGUACUGGAAACGAAUAA